AUGAAUAUCCGUAUACGGACCUGCUCGUCACUUAGUAGACAGGCGCGCGCGUCCUCUGACAGACGUGGACGCUUGUUCUUUCUCCGGGUUGUAGUGACAGCUGUUAUAGGUGAAGAUAACCACAAAGGAGGAAUGGAAAUCUACUGUUGCCUUCGGCUCUCCAUCAAGAAAAGCCUUGCUUUAAAAAGCCUCAUUUCAUCAAAAAUACAAGCUUCCAAGAGGAUAUUCCAUAAUUCUGCACAAAGUUUUAAGAAUGAAGCUAUAUUGCAUAGGAAGAAAAUAAAUCCUUUCUGUUGCAUUAUCUAUAACAAACAGUAUAUACAAGAAAGCACUCACAGUGGAAAGAGCAUUUCAUUAAGAUAUGAAGUUUGCAGAAGACCAGCUGAUUUUUUGCAAAGUCAAAAUGUCCUGUUGCCACCUCCCACAAAUGGAGGGACUAGUUUUGUACCAUACCAAAUGCAUACCAUGUUUUCUAGGUCAAUACAUACCACAAAUCGUUUGAAUGUCCUCAUACCACCCCAUUUAUGGAUACUUCUAAAACCAGCACAGAAACUCUUUGCAAUCAUCCUUGGCAGGAGUGUAAGAAAGUGGUGGAGAGCUCUUCCUGCUAACAAGCAGGAACUGUUUAAAGAAAAGGUCAAGAAGAAUAAGUGGAGGCUGUUGCUCAGUGUUGGUACUGUGGGGAUCAUUUUCUUUCUUUUUUAUUUUACUCACCUGGAGGAGAACCCUGUCACUGGGCGCAACCGUUUAUUGUUUUUUAAAAAUGAACAUUAUGAGUUGCUCACAAAUAUGGAGUUUGAAAAUCUGAUUGAAGAGUUUAAGGAUAUAAUGCUUCCAAAGGAAGAUCUUCGCUAUCAGCUUGUGCAGAUGAUUGUUGACCAUCUUAUCUCUUGCAAUGGUGACUUACCAGGAGUGUCAAAGAUUGAGUGGGCCGUGCAUGUCGUACAGAAAUCUGACAUUAAUGCUUUUGUGUUGCCGAAUGGCCAAAUAUUUGUUUUCACAGGCAUGCUGGAAGCUGUGGCAGAUGUUCACCAACUUUCUUUUAUCUUGGGACAUGAAUUGGCACAUGCCAUACUGGACCAUACAGCAGAGAUGCAUAGUUUGACCCAUUUUUUGGAUUUUCUGCUCCUCAUUUCUCUUGCAAUGAUUUGGGCUGUCUGCCCUCUGGACAGCCUUGCGGUGUUUGGUCAGUGGAUCCAGUCAACUCUAAAAGAUUUUGUCUUCAAUAGACCUUUUAGCAGAUCCCUGGAGGCUGAAGCUGAUAAAGUAGGACUCCAGUUGGCUGCAAAGGCUUGUGUAGAUGUAAGAGCAAGUUCGGUUUUCUGGAAACAGAUGGAAAUCUUUGAGAGUUCAGGAGGGCAAGCUCGGAUACCAGAAUGGCUUUCAACACACCCAUCACAUCAAAAUCGUGCAGAUCACUUGGAUCGACUUAUACCUGAAGCUAUUAAACUAAGGGAACUUUGUAACUGUCCAGCACUUCCUUCUCCCGAUCCAAGAUUAGCUUUCAAUUCAAAGCAUUUUUUACAAGGCACAGGGGAUUUAACACAAGAUGCUAAAAAGUGACAGCAGUUGUUCAACUCUAAAGAAUGGAAACAUCCAGCCAUGUUUUUGUAAAAAACAGAUUUGUUGAGAAGUGAAUAUAUCAUAUAAUAACAAACACUGUGAAAAUAUAUUUUUAAAAUCUAUUACUCAAACCUCAA